CCCCUACUCAUCAUUUAGUGGUGUCCGCCGUCAGUCCAUUGCGGUUUUUCAAUUACCAUAGCGGGAGAAAAGACGUGGAUGAAAUUAGUAGAGUUUCAAAAACUUUUUUAUUUAAUAUCUACCGUUAUAACUACCAAGUUUAAUAGAAAAAUGAAGUUGCGGUUUCCAGUGAAGUUAGCGAUAGGCUCGGUCUUUGCCUUAUUUUUUAUCGUUUUGGUAGGAUUUAUACUUUUCCCUAAAAUGAUACAUUCGAAAGUUAAAUCGAUGGUCAAUCUCGGACCUGGUAUGGAGAUCAGAGGAAUGUUCUUAAAAGUUCCAUUUCCAUUAUCAUUUAAAAUAUAUGUAUUUAAUAUAACGAAUCCUAUGGAGAUCCAAAACGGUGCCAUUCCUGAAGUAAAAGAAGUUGGACCAUUUUGUUUUCAGGAAUGGAAAGAAAAAGUAGAUGUGCACGAUGAAGAAGAUAAUGAUAUAAUCACUUAUCUUUCUAAAGAUACUUUUACAAGAACAUCAGGUCCAGGAUGUGUCUCAGGACAAACAGUAGUGACAAUCCCACAUCCAAUGAUACUCGGACUGGUCAAUGCCGUUAGUAGAGCAAAACCCGGUGCUUUAUCUCUAAUCAACAAAGCCAUAAAAUCAAUAUACGCAAAUCCAACAUCUAUAUUUCUAACAGCCAAAGUGGACGACAUUCUUUUUGAUGGAGUUGUUAUUAAAUGUGGCGUAACAGAUUUUGCAGGUAAAGCCAUUUGUACACAGUUGAGAGGAUCAGGAAGCUUGAAGAUAAUUGACGAAAAUGAUUUAGGCUUCUCAUUAAUUGGACCUAAAAAUGCUACUGAACAAAAAAGAAUUAAGGCAAUUCGAGGAACAAAGAAUCAUCACGACGUAGGAAGGAUAGUCGAAUAUGACGGUUCACCGGCUAUGUCAGCGUGGCCAACAGAAGAGUGUAAUAAAAUUAUGGGUACAGAUGGUACAGUAUUUCCUCCAAUGAUGACUAAAGAAGAAGGACUUGUGUCUUUUGCUCCUGACUUGUGUCGGUCACUAAAAGCAUUCUGGGUUAAAAAAACUAAAUACGACGGUAUACCUGUCAACGAAUACACAGCUUCUUUGGGAGAUAGUUCAAAAAAUGAAGCUGAAAAAUGCUACUGCUAUACUCCGGAUACUUGUCUUAAGAAAGGCCUAAUGGACUUAUACAAAUGCGCAGGGGUACCAAUAUACGUUUCAAUGCCUCAUUUUUAUGAUUCCGACGAGUCGUACGUAAAAGGAGUAAAAGGUCUUAAUCCCAAUAAAAAGGAGCAUGAAAUAUCUAUCCUGUUUGAACAGAUGACUGGAGGACCCGUAUCUGCCAAAAAGCGAUUACAAUUCAGUAUGCCGUUGGAACCAAACCAAAAAGUAGACUUAUUUAAAAACUUUACUACUACAGUUAUUCCAAUGUUCUGGGUAGAAGAGGGAGUUGAUUUAAACAACACUUUCACGAAACCUCUGAAAAUGCUGUACACAAUGAAAAAAGUAGUAAAUAUCUCAAAGUAUCUUAUUCUCUCUGGCUCUAUAGUAGGAUGUAUAGCGGCGGCCUAUUUAUUUUUUAAAAAUAAUGACAAAGUUACCAUCACAAAAGUCAAAGACGUGCAGAAAGUCCCAGCCCCACCUAGUGGAAUAUCGACAGUAAAUGGACACACGAAUAGAGCAAUGUCUGAAAACGAAGUUGAUAAAUUUUAAAUUAACUAGAUCUGUAGAGAUUACUUUUUACAACUACAACUAAGUUACUAAAUAAAGCUUAUUUCUUAUUUAUUAUUAAAUGGCGAUUCAUAAAAAUUGAAAUUACUUGUAUAACAAUGCGUAUUAACAUUGUAACAAAACAUUAUCCAAUAAUCCCAAUUAUUACUUAUUUAAUAAACUUGUAUUCAGAUCAACAAUUAUCAAAAUUUUUCAAUAUAUUAUAAUUCUGUGGUAUAACAAAUAAACGUUAUAAAAGUAUCAAGCAAGUCAGUGGCGACCAUGUGUCCAUUAGCAAAACCUUCAAAUUUAACUUCUAUAAAAAAAAUAAAAUUUAAAGCACUCAUGGGAAUGCCUACAGAAGUGAAAACUUCUUAUAUACAAAUUACGAACUCGAUGCUUUUUCCCCAUCCAAAAAAAGUGCUAUACCUAUAUUAUAUACGCGUUUCGUACGUUCUAUGCUACUUAUGUAUACAUACACAUGAUACUAUAAAUAAGAUCAUAAGCGCAUCCUGAAGGGAGGGGGAGUCGUGACGCAACUGGAGACCGGCACGUUCGUAAUGGUUCGUAACGUCCGAUUAGUUUGAAUAGUUCGCGGUUGUAAGAUAAGUGUAUUUUAUAUUUUAUCUUUGUAAAAGUGAGAUGUGUUUUAUAAACAAAUAACACAAAAAGUCGUUUAAUAUUAUUUUGCUAAUUGAACCAUUUCAUGACAGAAUGCAUACAAAUCCCAUUUAACUUUAACAAGAAAUCAAAUUCAAAUUGUUCUCCAGUUACGUCAUCUUGCGCGAAAUCGGACGUAUUUGUGCUACGGGAAGAUACUAUCUGGUUAUUUUUAGUAUUAUGUACAUACACAUAAUAAUAUAUAUACGUACAAAAUUUAGAUCGGCAAAGUGAUGACGGUCGCAAACUCAAUACUUUUUCCCCAUCUAAAAAGUGCACAACGUCCCUAAAGAAGUUUUCACUUCAAAAAUUUAUUUAGUCGAAGCAAUGACGGUCGCUAAUUUAAUACUUUUUCCCCAUCUAAAAAGUGCACAAUGACCCUAAAACAAGUUUUCACUUCAAAAAUUUAUUUCGCCGAAGCGAUGACGGUCGCUAAUCCAAUAAUCCUUCCCCAACCAAAAAGUGCACAACGUUCCUCAAGAAAUAUUCAUUUUAAAAAUUUAUUUCGCCGAAGCGAUGACGGUCGCUAAUUCAACACUUUUCCUCAUCUAAAAAGUGUAUAACGUCUCUAAAAAAGUUUUGUGUCAAAAAUAUAUUUCGUCGAAGCAAUGACGGUUGCGACGACGGUCGCUAAUUCAAUACUUUUUCUCCAUAUAAAAAGGGCAAAACGUCCCUAAAGAAGUUUUCACUUCAAAAAUUUAUUUCGUUGAAGCAAUGUCCGUCGUUAAUUUAAUACUUUUUCCACCUACCUCUACCGAAAGUAUACUUUUCCGGACCUGAUUGUAGGGAGCAAAGUUGUACUUUUCCUCCCUAGGGAGGAAAAUAUUUUUCCUCCCUAGGGAGGAAAAGUAAAAGUGACGUCAUGAUAUUUCAUUCAUGAAAUAUAACUUAUUGACGCCCUGUAUAAGAUCUAUUUUCUAUUACGAAGUAUCUAUACAUUUUAACGUUUAUUUAUAAAACAUCCUGUAUUUUGCAGAAUGGUAAAAAACAGUAAAUUGUUAUUUUGAUUUAACAAUGUUUACAUUAAUAAUUUGACUUAUAUUUGACAGUUGACAGUUAUAUUGUACCUACUUGUUGUUUUGGUUCUAAUAAAUUUUGUUGAUUAGUUACAUAAAUAAAUUAAGUAAAAAUGAAAAAAUGACUGUUAUUUGAGGAAGGUGGAAAACCCAUAUGUAUAACAUGGGAGUAAAGUGCCUUUUCCUCCCUUGAAUGAUUACUGCCCUCCGCUACGCGUCGGGCAGUAAACUUCAUUCUCGGGAGGAAAAGUUACACUUUCCUCCCUUGUUAUACAAAUAGCUAUUUCCCCAUCGAAAAAAUGCAAAAGGUAUCUAAAGAAGUUUUCGCUUUAAAAAAUUUAUUUUGCCGAAGCGAUGACGGUCGCUAAUUCAAUACUUUUCCCCAUCUAAAAAGGAUACAACGUCCCUAAAGAAGUUUUCACUUCAAAAAUUUAUUUCGUCGAAGCAAUGACAGUCACUGAUUUAAUACGUUUUCCUCAUCUAAAAAGGGUACAACAUCCCUAAAGAAGUUUUCACUUCAAAAAUUAUUUCGUCGAAGCAAUGAGGGUCGCGAUGACGCAUGACGGUCGCUAAUUCAAUACUUUUUCCCCAUCUAGAAAGGGCGCAACGUCCCUAAAGAAUUUUUCACUUCAAAAAUUUAUUUUCGUCGAAGCAGUGACGGUCGCUAAUUCAAUAUUUUUUCUCAAUCUAAAGAGGGCAGAACGUCCCAAAGAAGUUUUCACUUCAAAAAUUUAUUUUUGUCGAAGCAAUGACGAUCGCGAUGACGGUCGCUAAUUCAAUACCUUUUCCUCUUUUAAAAAGGGCAAAACGUCCCUAAAGAAGCAUUCACUUUAAAACAUCAUUUCGUCGAAGCAAUGACGGUCGCGAUGACGGUCGCUAAUUCAAUACUUUUCCCCAUCUAAAAAGUGCACAACGUUUUCACUUCAAAAGUUUAUUUCGUCGAAGCAAUGACGGUCGAGAUGACGGUCGCUAAUUUAAUACUUUUUCGCCAUUUAAAAAGGGAACAACGUUUCUACAGAAGUUUUCACUACAAAAAUUUAUUUCGCCGAAGCCAUGACGGUCGCUAAAUCAAUAUCUACUUUUCUUAAUCUAAAAAGUGCACAAUGUCCUUAAAGAAGUGUUCGCUUCAAAAAUUUAUUUCGUCGAAGCAAUGACGGUCGCUAAUUUAAUACUUUUUCCCCAUCUAAAAAGUGCACAACGUCCCUAAAGAAAUUUUCACUUCAAUGAUAUUACUAUUAUUAUACGUAUAUUAUAAUAAUAUUUGUACAACAUUUAUUUCGUCGAAGUGAUGACGGUCGCGAAAUCAAUCCUUUUUCCCCAUUCCAAAAUAGAUAUUACAUUUAUUUUAAAUAUGAAUACUCCUACAGAAUUUAUACCGGGUGGUGAAUUGGAAAACGGGCCAUAGGAAACUCAAUGUAAAAUUCUAAAUUGUUGAAUUCCUGCUUCCCUAAUUAUUUUACAUCAAAAGUCAUGAGAAACUAUUUGUAGAGGAUUAAAAUCUGUAUUAAAACCAAAAGUAAAAUUGUUCUACGAUUUAAAGAGAGUCCAAAAUUUUGAAAAAAAAAAUACAUUUGCCAUACCUAAGUAAAUGCGUAAAAGUAAGGCCACACGUUAUUAUUUCUGACAGUACGCAAACUAUUGACUGAAUAAAACAUCUUUAUUAUUACUACUUUCUCCUUAACUGAGGACAUCUUUUCGACUUUACUGUUUUUUAAACAAUAAAAACGAUAAAAUAAAAAUACUGACAGUUCAAAAUAUUGUUAAUAUAAUAAUUUCAUUGUGACCGAAGGCAACCUUAUACACAUUCUUGCACUGUGUGUGGCCUAAAUUUGGCAAAUACUUUGAUAAAAUUUAUUAUAUUUUACAAAAUUUUGGAAUGUGUUUAAUUCGUAGAACAAUUUUAACAAUUGUUUUCAAUAAAGAUUUCAAUCCUCUAUACAUAGUUUCCCAUGUCUUUUGAUGUAGAAUAAUUAGGGAAGCAGGAAUUCAACAGUAUAGAAUUUUACAUUGGGUUUCCUAUGGCCCGUUUUCCAAUUCACCACCCUGUAUAUACCUAAAUUCACAUAAUAAAUAUACGUACAAAAUUUAUUUCGCCAAAGAGAUGACGGUCGCGAUGACGGUCGCGAAAUAAAUCCUUUUUCACCAUCUAAAAAUAGGUUUUACAUUUAUUUUAAAUUUAAAUAUGUACUUCUAUACAAUUUAUGUAUACAUACACAUAAUAUAGAUACGUACAAAAUUUAUUUCACCAAAGGGAUGACGGUCGCGAUAACGGUCGCGAAAUAAAUCCUUUUUCCCCAUCCUAAAAUAGGUUUUACAUUUAUUUUAAAUUUAAAUACUUCUAUACAAUUUAUAUAUACAUACAAAUAAUAUACCUAUAUAAUAUGUACAAAAUUUAUUUCACCGAAGCGAUGACGGUCGCGAUGAUGGUCGCGAAAUCAGUCCUUUUCCCCAUCCUAAAAUAGGUUUUACAUUUAUUUUAAAUUCAAAUACCUCUACACAAUUUAUAUAUACAUACACAUAAUAUAUAGCAUAAGCGAUGACGGUCGCAAUGACGGUCGCGAUGACGUUCGCGAUGACGGUCGCGAUGACGGUCGCGAUGACGGUCGCGAUGACGGUCACGAAUUCAAUGUUUUUCCCCUAUCCAAAAAUCGCACAACGUCCCUAAAGAAGUUUUCACUUCAAUAAAUAAAAAUAUUUUUUAUUUACCUAUAUCUUAUUUUCUUCCGUCUAACUAAAAUUUUCACGGUAUUCUAUAAUUUAAUUUUUUUGUAUCUUCUUGUUGAUUGCUGUACAGUCAUUCUUGUUAAUUUUUUUUUCUCAUAGAUAGCUCAUAAAUGUCUGCCGGUGUAUGUUGCCCAAUGAUAUUGGUUUUGUUUACAAUAUUAUGUACAACCAGCCAACCAGCCAACAAAAGAUGUUCUCCAAGUUUGUUAGAUCUGCUGGUUGGGAAGUGCAAUGAACAUUUCCUUGGGCUUGUUGGUUAUGCCUGAGGCAAGGGAUUUGUGAAGAUAUGCUUGUUUAGCUAUUCGUAUCUUAUAAUUUUUUAAUUUCAGUACUAAAAGGGACAUGCGCAUCCCUCUGUAUCAGUCUUCUAUUAGUGCUGAAUUCCUUAGAGUAGCUAUUUUGGAUUUUCACUUUAUAUGGGAGUUUUGACAUUGAGACAUUUAUUUACCAAUCUUAUCAACUUUUCAUAUUUUCUAAUUUUAUCAAUUUGACAAUAAUUUCGAAGUGUUGCAAUGCUCUUGUUUAUUAUAGCUUUAUCAUAGCCACUUUGAAAUCUACAAAUAGGUAAAAAGUGUCUCCAUCCAUUAAGGAUGUUCUCUUGGAAAAUCAUAGGAUUUUCUUGGCUUAAAUUAUUUUCUCGUACCGUUGAUCUUUCUAUAACUCUUUCUAUUAUCGUUUUAUUUACUAAACCCCCAACUUUUGCAGCAUUUUAGUCUCAUAUUUUCUUUAUUUAUUUUGUGAACAUAUUUUUCCCUCUGAAUUCCAUAAGCUUCAACAGUUCGAUCCCGAAACUUUCCUCUUGAGUCCCUGUUUUUCUGCACAUUUUUUAAUUUCUUAACAUGAAAAUCACAAGAAAUUAAAAUUACGAGAGAACAUUACCUAUUGAUUUAAUUUCUUCAACUUAAAACCGUAGUUAUAAAAACCGUAGAAAUACUUCCGAAAUUCAUUUAUUUUUUUCGAAUCCUGAGAAAAGUAAUACGUAUUUUUAAAAAAUUUAAAGGCAGAAUACAAGACUACAUAAUUACCGAGGGCUGAAAGCCUCUUAAAACUUGUAUAAUGUUUAUUUUAAUAAGUUACAGGGUUGAAAAGAACAUAGAAAACUUAGUGUGAUUUUUAAUUUCAAAUAUCUCAUUCAAAAGAAAAAUUGCGUUUAUUCUAAGGGACUUCCGAUCUUCGAUAAUGAUGUAAUCUUUAAUUUUGCGUUUAAAUUUCUUAAAAUUAAGGCACUCGGGUGAGUGCCGACAGAAGUGCAAACUUCUGGUGACCAAGCGACUUCGGGUACCCACACUAUCCUUCCUCCAACCUUUAUAACUUCGGUCGAACUUAUAAGCAAUUCAACUUACAGUAUAUAAAUAACCAAUAUCUCGCCGUAGCGAUGACGGUCCCGAGUUCAACGCUUUUUCCCCAUCUAAAAAGGAGUGCUAUACCUAUAUUAUACACGCGUUGCGUACGUCCUAUGCUACUUAUAUAUACAUACACAUAAUACAUAUACGUACAGAAUUUAUUUCGGCAAGGCAAUGACACAACGUCGCUAAAGAAGUUUUUACUUCAAGAGAGAUAGGGAUAGUGCGGCUUCUCAUGCGCUUACUUCGCAAGCUCUUUCGGGUACACACUCUCUCUCCCUCAUCCAACCAUUAUAACUUCGGUUGAACUUAUACGCAUUUCAACCUAUAAUAUAUAAAUUACUAAUAUUUCGCAGUAGUGAUAACGGUCACGAAUUCAUUAUUUUCUCCCCAUCCAAAAAGUGCACAACGUCCCUAAAGACGUUUUCACUUCAAAAAUAUAUUUCGCCGAAGUGGUGACGGUCGCGACGACGGUCGGGAAUUCAAUACUUUUUCCCCAUCCAAAAAUGGGCACAACGUCCCUAAAGAAAUUUUCACUUCAAAAAUUUAUUUCGCCGAAGCGAUGAGGUCGCGAAUUCAAUACUUUUUCCCCUCCAAAAAGUGCACAACGUCGCUAAAGAUGUUUUCACUUCAAAAAUUUAUUUCGCCGAAGCGAUGACGGUCGCGAAUUCAAUACUUUUCCCUAUACAAAAAAUGCACAACGUCCCUAAAGCGAUGAUGGUCGCGAUAACGGUUGCGACUUCAAUACUUUUUCCCCAUCCAAAAAUGGCACAACGUCCCUAAAGAAGUUUUCACUUCAAAAAUUUAUUUCGCCGAAGCGAUGACGGUUGCCACGACGGUCACGAAUUCGAUACUUUUUCCCCAUCCAAAAAGUGCACAACGUCCCUAAAGAAGUUUUCACUUUAAAAAUUGAUUUCGCCGUAGUGAUGACGGUCGCGAUGAUGGUCGCUAAUUCAAUACUUUUUCCCCAUCCAAAAAGUACAUAACGUCCCUAAAGAAGUUUUCACUUCAAAAAUAUCCAUUAAUUUUAUCAGGAUUCGAAAAAAAUUAAUGCAUUUUAAAAGCAUUGGUCCGAAAUUUUGCGUCUACGCUCUUAAAAUAUAUAAUAGUAAUUGACAUCUUUGAUAAGACAUGAUGACAACAAGAAGUGUUAUUUAGAAUGAUUAUGUGAAAUGGAAAUAGGAGUAGUAAAAAUGCAUUGGAAAUAAACUAUUUUGUUUGAAUUUAUAAUCAUAACAUUGAAAUUAUACAAAUACAAGCUAUAUUUUUAUGAAAUGUCAUUUAAGAUCUAUUCAGAAUAUAGUCGAGGACUUAUCUCGCUUCGAUACCUGUUCAGUUCAAUAUAAUAGUCACCUGGGUGUUUACAUCUACACGCUGCACUCUCUUUAUCUCUACUAUUUUUCCUUUACAUGGAAACAAUAUACAUAAUUAACUUUACAUAAAGGUACGUAUCCACUAUGUUCGAGCUCCUCUUGCGCUCCGCUCUCCUUCCACUGUGAAACUGAAUAAAAUACUCUGUAAUUGGAAAAUAAUAA